AGUAAAGGUUGUUUCAUGAUCAAACUUGAGGACAUGGGCAUUAUAAUUCAGUCCAGUUUGGGGAAAGAGAUACACGGCAGUCUGGAAAGGUCCCUCAAACAAGACCAUGGAAAGGAACAUCAUAUAUUUGUGGAUUUGUGCUUUUGCAGUAGUUCAUGGAAAUCAAGAGACUUCACCACAACCUCCCAUCAGUGAUAAACUCCCAUCAUUGAUAAAGAUGAACAAUGAUUUUGCUUUUCACCUGUACAAGAGGCUUGUAGAAAUGCCAGAGUAUCAGUCCAAGAACAUCUUCUUCUCUCCAUUCAGUGUGUCCAUGGCCCUUUCUGAGCUGUCUUUAGGAGCCGGUGGUGAAACCAAAGAGCAGCUUCUCACUGGCAUCGGCCAUAACAGCUCGGUCUUCAGCACUGAAGAAAUGCACCAGAUGUUCCACAGUCUCCUGGAAGAAAUCGACCAGAGGACAGGGGUGGACAUUAAUGUCGGCAGUGCUCUAUAUGCAAGCAACAAAUUAAAGCUCCUUCCUGAGUUCUUAAAGGAGAUAAAGGAGUUUUACCACUCUGACGGCUUCACUGUGGAUUUCAGCGUCAAAGAAACACUGGAUAAAAUUAACACGUAUGUGAAGGAAAAAACACAUGGGAAAAUAGACCAAGCUGUUGAUGAUCUGGAAUCUGACACUCUGAUGUUUCUUCUCACUUACAUAUAUUUUAAAGGAAAAUGGGACAUGCCAUUUAACUCAAGAAAGACUCGUCAAAGUAGAUUUCAUGUGGAUGCUGAGACCACCGUUCCAGUACAAAUGAUGCACCAGUACAAAUCCCUCAAAGUUUAUUAUGAUGUCGAACUCACUUCUAAAGUCCUCUGUCUAGACUACAACGACUCUUUCUCCAUGUUUCUGGCUGUACCAGAUACUGACAGGCCAGCUAAGACGAUCAAAGAUCUGGAGAUGGCCAUCUCUAGACAGCACAUUGAAAAGUGGAGGACAGCUGUCAGAAAAAGAGAAACUGACAUCUAUGUCCCCAAGCUCUCUCUGAAAACAUCAUAUUCCCUGAAAGAAAUUUUGAAAGGAAUGGGAAUGGCUGAUAUGUUUACAGAUAGAGCCAACUUCACAGGAAUUUCAGAGGAAAAUAUACUAGUUUCAAAGGUUUUGCAUAAGGCCAGUCUGGAUAUAGAUGAGAAAGGAACCACCGCAGCAGCAGUGACAAGGGUUGAUCUCAGACCUAAGAUCUACAGCCCAUUGGAGACUUUGAGUUUUGACCGUCCAUUCAUGAUUUUUAUCACUGACCAAAAAAACGACAACAUCCUCUUCUUUGGAAAAGUUGUCAAUCCUGCGGAAAAACAGUAAUGUGACAUUCUAGAUGUCAUGACAAAAUUAGCCAGCAGGUGGCCGUGAUUUAAACAACUGUUGUGCCAUUAUAUUUCUAUUAUUACUGGACAGAGAUACUGGAUUCUUCUUCUAGAGGUCUUCAACCCUGGUCUUGGAGACCUAGUAUUUCUGUUACCUCUGGUGAAUGCAUACUUAUCUGCCAAGUGGCAACUUAACUUCUUAAUUGGAAAAUAAAUCAAGUUUAAAAAAAUAAAUAAAUAAAUUAGGGAAUACAACCUAAGUCUUACAAUUACUUUCAUACUCCACACAGUUGGUGUAGAAUAGUACAAAAAUUCCUAAACUGUGCUGGUCUCAGCUGGUCUCAAUUUGUAAUCAUACGUAUAACAGGAUGAUUUGCUGUUUGAAGAAAGCUUUGAGCUAAAUUUCUGCCCACUGGUCUUUUUUAAAUCAAUGCAUUUUUUUUUUAUAUGUUAAUUAAAAAGUAAUACAAAUUAAUAUUUUGCAUAAACCUCUGUGGUCUGGCUAUAUUUAUUCAAUAAGACACUUGUUGGAAAUUUAGUUGGUCAUCAAUUAAAAAAAAAUUGUUCUAAACAUUGUAAGCCUGUUAUCUAACCGUAAUGUGACAUACAGGUCACAUUUUCUCAAUAAAAGGAUUUUGCUGACACUGAA